CAUUAUUGCUCGAAGUUUCUACGAUUCAGUUAUACAAAUUUUAGUAAGAGCCUGACUCUUAUAAACUUGAAGGAAAAUGCCCGUCGAACAACUAAAGGCCGAAGUCGCCGAGUGCAUUGCACUGUUGGAGCUAGCAAAAACUGCGCGUGUAAAAGGCGCGUUAACCCAGGCUAAGGCUGAAGCAGAGCGCGAAAUUAUUAACCUAGAGAUAAAAGCACGCCUGGCAGCCGAACGAAAAGCUGGUCCAGAAACGAAGCGCUAUCUACACGAGCUCACAGACUACGGCUGGGAUCAAAGCGCCAAGUUUAUUAAGCUGUUCAUAACGCUGCCCGGCGUUCAGAACUGUGCCGAGGAGGCAGUCACAGUUCACUACACGGAAAACUCAAUGCAGUUGUAUGUGAGCGAUCUCAACGGCAAAGAUUUUGGGCUCACCGUCAACAAUCUGCUCUAUGCCAUCGAUGUUGAGAAGAGUUAUCGGAAGCUGAAGACCGACAUGGUUGCUAUUUAUUUGAAGAAGGUCGAGGAAGAUAAGAGCUGGGACGUUCUAACAUCCAUACAGAAGCGUCUAAAACAGAAGCAGGAUAGCGAGUUGUCUAAGGAUAGUGAAAAUCCCGAGGGUGCAUUGGUCAACAUUAUGAAGAAAAUGUACAACUCCGGCGAUUCAAAAACAAAGCAAAUGAUUGCCAAGGCUUGGACCGAGAGUCAAGACAAGGCUCGUUUUGGUAUGGACAGUAGCAGUCUGGGAGAUCUGUAGGGUAGUAGAAUUAGUUGAGGAAAACAGAAGAGUUCUAAUGAA